CCAUAUUUACAAAAUUGAAAACCCAAAAAUAGGCAUUAAUCCAUAAAACACAAUUUCUUGAUGCCACCAAUCCCAAAAUGACAACACAAAUCCCACGCCCGAUUUCUCACAUUGUCAUUAGACCAAUUCCUCACACACACUACCAAACAAAUCUAUAACACAGCAAAACAACAAAAUCACAGAAUCAAAAUUCCAUCGUCAUCAUCAUCACACGCACACACAUUCUCAAUUUUUUUAUUCCUCCAACUUUCAAUUUCACACAAAUUCCCAACUGGGUUACAAGUGUCACCCGCCGAUUCCCAACCCCACUGCGUCAAAAUCUGAACUUUCAUCAUCAUCUUCAUUUUUUUCUGAUUCUAUGCGAAUCAAAAAGAACAUUAAACGACGUCGUGUUAGAUGUCACGUUCACUUGUAGUAGGUCAGUGACGUGAUUUCACUAUGUGAUUCCAAUUUCUAUUUCUAUUUUUUUUAUUUAUAUUUUAGUAAUGGAGUUUAAAUCAAAUUCAAAUUUUGCCCUAAUUUUUGAUCGAUUUUGACUGUUUUUUUCGCUCAAUCCUUUUGAUUUCGCGAAGGAUCUAAACUUUUUCAUAUUUCCAUUGUUACCCACUUUCAAAAAAAUUAUUAAUUUUAUGGGUUUUCUCUUAAUUUUUGUUAUAAUCUUUUGAUCAGAAUUUAGUUUUGUUUUAAAGUGUAAUGGCAAGGUAUAGAGGAGACAAAGAAGAUGGACCAGAUAGGCAUAUGGGUUUACUUAAACUGGUUCAAAUUCUAUCUUUUUUGGUUAUUUUUGUUGCUGGUAUUAUUUUAGGAUUAGCAGCAAGUUCUCAUAUAAAUCAGUAUUUUACUUCUCAAGCAAGGCUAUUUUUUACUAACAAUAUAGCAGCAACUAAGAUUCCUGGUGAUAAUUGUACAAUUUUGAAGACUUGUAAGAGUGUUGAUUGUUUGAGUUUGAAUACUUUUCUUCAUCCCAAGAAUUUGACUCAUAAAAUGAGUGAUGAGGAGCUUUUUUGGAGGGCUUCGUUGAUUCCGUAUAAAGAUGAGUAUCCGUAUAGUCGAGUGCCUAAGGUGGCUUUUAUGUUUUUGACUAGAGGGCCGUUGCCUAUGUUGCCGUUGUGGGAGAGGUUUUUUAGAGGUCAUGAGAAGUAUUUUGGUAUUUAUAUUCAUACACCGCGGGAUUAUGUGUUUAAUGUUUCGAGAGAUUCUCCAUUCUAUGGAAGACAAAUUCCAAGUCAGGAUGUCGAAUGGGGAACAGUGUCACUGGUUGAUGCUGAGAAGCGCCUUCUGGCUAAUGCCCUAUUAGACUUCUCCAAUGAGCGAUUUGUUCUCCUCUCCGAAAGCUGCAUCCCAGUCUAUAAUUUCCCUACAGUCUACCGGUACCUUGUUCAUUCUGAAUAUAGUUUUGUUGACUCAUAUGAUGAUCCCACCCGUUAUGGACGUGGCCGCUACAACCGUAAAAUGCUUCCUGAUAUUAAGCUCUAUCAAUGGAGGAAAGGAUCUCAAUGGUUCGAAAUCCAACGGACUUUGGCAAUUUAUAUGCUUUCAGACACAACAUAUUACUCUAUCUUCAAAAAGUUUUGCCGGCCUGCCUGCUACCCCGACGAGCACUAUAUUCCUACUUAUUUGAACAUGUUUCACGGAUCGCUUAAUGCAAAUCGUACUGUGACUUGGGUGGAUUGGUCGAUAGGGGGCCCGCAUCCAGCAACAUAUAUGGAUAUUAAUGUUACAGAAAGCUUCAUUCAAAAUAUUAGAAAUAACAGAACACUAUGCUCUUAUAAUUCUGAGUUGACAUCGAUUUGUUACCUUUUCGCUCGGAAGUUUCAUCCAAGCGCGCUGGAGCCCUUGUUGAACCUCACAUCGACGGUAAUGGAAUUUUGAUCUUCAUUUUGCUGGGGCUGCUGUGAAAUUUCUAUAAGAAAUUUUUGUUUGGGAACAUUGUACAGCUAGUUUUCAUAGGCCAUCAUUGAGAUUCUUGACCUCUUAGGGAAUUUGCUAUUUUGUCAAACAAAUUUUGAGUAUUGGCAAAGAUUUUGGAAGAGAAGGGAGAAGCAGAAAGUUUCAGAAAUCAUUUUUUGAUGUCUUCAUUUUGUAUUUAGUUUAAGAACUUUUUUGCAGAUGCAUAGUUUUCUGCUGCUUAUGAUUCUCUGAAUCAUUUUUAAAAAAUAUUAAAAUAGAAAUCAAUUCUUUUA